GAGUUUAACUCUUUAGAGAUGGGUUCGCCGUGCGUGGGAAAGUUGUAGUGAAUGUGCCACGUCUGCUAGGAUCGGGGAAUAAUGAACGUGCCAGAGGCCGUUGUCCUUACGCCUUCAACUAUAUUCCUAGCUCUAUGAAGUGGGGGGUCCUUUCUCUGUUUUUGUGGGAACUUCUUUCCAGCUCCAGCAACAUGAGGCUUUUCUUGUGCAACGCGGUGUUGACGCUGUUGGUCACUUCUUUGAGCGGGGCUCUGAUCCCUGAACCAGAAGUGAAAAUUGAAGUGCUCCAGAAACCUUUCAUCUGCCAUCGCAAGACCAAAGGGGGGGAUUUGAUGUUGGUCCACUAUGAAGGUUACUUAGAAAAGGAUGGCUCCUUAUUUCACUCCACUCACAAACAUAACAAUGGUCAGCCCAUUUGGUUUACCUUGGGCAUCUUGGAGGCUCUCAAAGGUUGGGACCAGGGCCUGAAGGGAAUGUGUGUAGGAGAGAAGAGAAAGCUCACCAUUCCUCCUGCCCUGGGCUAUGGAAAAGAAGGAAAAGGUAAAAUUCCCCCAGAGAGUACACUGAUAUUCAACAUCGAUCUCCUGGAGAUUCGGAAUGGACCAAGAUCCCAUGAGUCAUUCCAAGAAAUGGAUCUUAAUGAUGACUGGAAACUCUCUAAAGCUGAGGUGAAAGUGUAUUUAAAGAAGGAGUUUGAAAAGCAUGGUGCAGUGGUGAAUGAAAGUCAUCAUGAUGUUUUGGUGGAGGAUAUUUUUGAUAAAGAAGAUGAAGACAAAGAUGGAUUUAUAUCUGCCAGAGAAUUUACAUAUAAACAUGAUGAGUUAUAGAGAUACAUGUGCCCAUUUUAUAUGGCAUGCAUCCUUAAAGACAGGACAAUCAUUUUUUCUUUAAAAGUCUUACUUUUUAUAAUGUGCUGUUCUUGUUCUGUUUUUUAUUUUUAUAUAUUUUUCUGACUAUUAUUCGAAGAAGCCCUUAAGAUUCCUAAGUGCCUAUUUCUUUCUGGUGAGUUAUUGGGAAGAAAAAAUUAAUUUGUCUUUAAUAGAAGACUUCUGGACCAUUUUCCACUUUCACACAUGAAGCCUUCUGUUUUACUUAUUUACUUGUAAUUUUAAAAUAGCGCAGCUGGGAGCAUGUCCAACAUAAGACCAGGUUGUAGCACGAAUUAGCUCCCCCAUCUACUUCCCUCUAUUUUCUCCAAGUUAGACACUAACAUUUGAAAAGCCAUGUGCAGUAUCCAGGGCUUACUAUUUUCACGUUAUAAUGAAACAGUGUGUCUGUGACUGCCUUUGAGUCUGCUUAAGCAAAGAGGAAAUGGUUGUUGAGCUGGCCUUGUUAGUAGUUACUGCUCUACUGAGGAGAUGUGCAAUGCUGAAGUGAGUAACAAAGUUAAUGUAUACAUUGAAACCUUCUACGCAGGAUUUAGCUGUAUAAGGUUCCAUUCCUAUAGACUGAUAACCUAUAAUAGUUGGUAGGACAAAUUAUUUAUGUCUGGUUCUUUGUAUUAAUGUGUCAAAAUUUUGUAACUGAGGAAGAGUAUGUUUAGUUAGUGUUUAGUUUUUAAGUCUAGCCAAUGACCUUUCCUGAUUUACUAAUGAAUAAAAUCUGUAACUAGUGUAUUAUACUACAAUAACAUUAUAUCAUGAGGGAAAUUUAUUUCCCUCCUGAUAUUUCCCAUUUCUGCUUACAAAAAUAUGACACACUCCCACAGCAGCUACUAGUGCAUAGAAAUCUGUCCUGGGUCAAAAAAUGGAUGAUUUUCUAAUUUUACCUGAAACUAGCUUUUAUUCUUAUUACUUUGAAAAAGCCUCCAAAUCUUCAUUUACUAAGAAUAGUUCUUUAUCGUUUAUAAUGUGAUCUCAAGUGCAUUGUUGUCUUUGAUUUUAGUUGUUCUGAAGCCUAUGAACAAAGCUGGUGGAUCUUAGUGUACCUAUUUAAUAGAUGAGGAAGUUAUUCUUCGAGGAGAUCGGUUGUUUUGCCUGAGGUCUACAGCUAACUUGUGCAUCAAGAUUGCAGUCCCCAAGUUCAGUAUCUUAUAUUGCCCUCCUUUGACUUCACUGGGCCUCAUUUUCUCUUCAAUUUGUACUCCCAACAGUUGGUGCUGUUUUUUGUCUUUGGGUCCUUAUCCUUUGAAGAUGGUUUACUGGCUGUUUUGGGUGCUUUUGAAUUCUCCCUCUAAUUUAGAACUGGCUCUGGGUUCAUUGUUGGGGUUAGCACUGAAUUGCCUCAAAAACCCUGUACUGUGAGAGGGUCGAGAUAUGUGUCUUAGUUCUUUCAUUCUUGUUUACCUCUAGGGUUUUUGUUUGUUUGUUUGUUUUAGAGAAUUAUAAAUAAUUAUUAUAUCAUAUACAGGCUAUUUUCACUAGUUGUAUAUUGCAUUUUCCUCACUAAAACAUAAAGGUCUUGGGAAGAGCAUAUAUAACACCUUUCUCUGAUGAAAUCAGCUAUAUGUAGAAAACUCUUAAAUUGUCACCGCGGUUUUCCUCAACCUGGAGAAGUUAGGAACCACAGUACUGAAAGCCUUAUGCUGUGUUCAUUGGGAAGGAAUGAGUUUGUCAAGGGGUGCUACUUGUAUAGACAUUAUUGGUUGAGCAGGAAAAGUAAAAAUAAUUUUCAUUAUUUGGGCAGUGUAUUUCUUUAUCUCAUGUGAAUUUACAUUUAUUCCCGUUUAAAUAUGUAGUCACAAGUAUGAAAUGAAAACAUACAAAUAAGUUACGAUGCUUUUAAGUAUCUGCCUUUGGUUUAGCUGCAACUUUGUGUCUUUCCAUUCACUGGAAUAAUCAGACAUGAAUGGCAAACUCACUUAUAAUAUAAUUUGACUCAUUAGUAUUGCUAGAUGUGUCCUAUUUAAAUUUAUAUGACUAUGUUAUAUUUUCAAAAUAAACUUUAUUUGGGGAAUAA